AGCGCUCUCUCUCUCUCUCUCUCUCUCUCUCUCUCUCUGCAGCAGCACUAUGAGUGAUCUGUACACAGUGGAGUUAACUGCUCCUGGACCGUGGGGCUUUAGACUACAGGGAGGGAAAGACUUCAGCAUGCCGCUCACCAUCUCACGACUGACAGACAAUAGUAAGGCAGCUAAAGCAGGUGUUGCUGUUGGUGACGCUGUCAUCUCCAUAGGGGACCUCAAAACAGAGGAACUGAAUCAUCUGGAGGCUCAGAGCAAGAUUAAGGAGUGUAAAGGCAACCUGAAACUCUCACUGCAGCGAGCAGACAGUGUUCCUAAACCUGCUGCACCACCGAAGACAACUACAGUGACAACAACCAUUAAUGCUACAGUCCCUAAGCCUCCAUUGAACAGGGUGAUGCGUAAGCCCAUCAUACAGACAGAUAUUGGGUUCUAUCAUGAGGCAUCUCAUGCUGAUGCGAGCAGGAAACGCAUCAUGGAGGACACAGAGGACUGGAGACCCAGAACAGGGACGUCCCAGUCACGCUCAUUCCACAUCCUCGCUCAGAUCACUGGCACUGAGGCUCUGCCUGAAAACAUGGACUCGAACAAGAAUACAGUGAAAGUGAUGAAGAAGAUUCAAGUCGGGCCACGGUAUCAUAAACUGAGAGACUGGCACCAUGGAGUUUCUGCACAAACCCUCAAUGUACUCAGUCUCGUCUAAUGUGUGUACAUGUGUAAUUGUGCAUGUAACUGGCAGGGGCGCCGCUAGAAAUUUUGGGCCUGAUGAAAGAAUAUAAUAUUCCCCCCCCAAUCAAUGACUCUUAGUUUAUCCAGAGGAAGUGUUGUUAGUGUAAUUUUCUAACCAAAAGCACACAUGAAUUCAAGUCUGAGUUUGUCAAACACCAGUAAUGACCCACUGGAUCUGAACAUCCAUCCAUUAGCUGUAGCCACUUACCCUGUACAGGGUCGCGGGUGGGCUGGAGCCUAUCCCAGCUGACUAUGGGUGAGAGGCGGGGUUCACCCUGGACAAGUCGCCAGGUCAUCGCAGAGCUGACACACAGAGACACACAACCAUUCACACUCACAUUCACACCUACGGUCAAUUUAGAGUCACCAGUUAACCUAACCUGCAUGUCUUUGGACUGUGGGGGAAACCGGAGCACCCGGAGGAAACCCACGCGGACACGGGGAGAACAUGCAAACUCCACACUGAAAGGCUCUCGCCGACCACUGGGCUCGAACCCGGACCUUCUUGCUGUGAGGCGACAGCGCUAACCACUACACCACCGUGCCGCCCUGGAUCUGAACACCUCUACUGAACUGAUCACAGAAGACACAGACCUUGUUUAUACCCUGAUAUUACUUUUCACUGCUCGGUGUCGGUAUUUAGUUGGAGACCAACCCAGGCUGUAGUUAGUAGAUAAACUAGUCGAUAAGUAUAAACUUAGUGUCGGCUGGCCUUUCUCUCUCAAACAUACUUCCAAAUUCAUCCUUAUGUCUCCUUCAUGUACCGACUCAUUCUGUGCAGUUAAAUUUCGAGGUUGAUGAAUAACUAUUUAGCUGAUAGAAGAUGACAUGGUGUGCUACAAGAAAUCCACUGAGUGUUUUUUUUUUUGGCUGUGCCAAUUUAAUAGAAACACAGUAAAUACAGUAAUCAGCAAUGCAGUGAGAAAAACAUUCAGCAACUUAUUAAAUAAAGACUUGGACAAUAACAAUAAAUAUAAAUGUGAACAAAACAUCUAAACAUACAAAGAGGUCAAAUACUUCUCCUCAACCUCAAAUAUUUAGUAUCUCAAUGUUCAACAGCCCCAAAUAUGUACACACUCUACAUACAGUUUUAAAGUGACUUAUGUGCUUUGUUGUGCAACAGAGCGGAAUUUUUUUUAACACAAUAAUGAAUUUUACAUCAACAAAUUGGUCACAUCAUGCUGCCUGCAAAUGAAUGCAUCAAAAACAGAAAAGCGUAUUCUCUCUGGCUGCAUCAUGGCUUGAAGAGGGCUCUGGCUCGAAAGUAUCCAUAACCUUAACCAUAAGGUACAUAAUUCAGAAUCUGUCAUAUAAUCGUACUAACACAGUGUGUUGUGAAAACUGUGUGUAUGUGUUACUAACAUUUGGCUGGAAUUAUCUGUAUGCUUGGUUAGUAACAUUAGUUGAUCAUAAAGGGAAAUAAAUAUCUUAAAAGGGUGAUCUUAAAUGUGGCAAUGGCAUCAUCCCCUUUAUAUCUUAAGUCAAGCUCUCUAACAAUCUUUUUAGCCAGUUUUUGUCCUUUUCAUUAUUGAAAUGUCUAUAUGAACGUUAUCAGCUAAAAUUGUACUUGCUUGCUAUAACUAGCUGCUCACAUGGUUAAUGUAACAUAAAUACUAAAAAUGGAUCCCCUAUGGGUCCGUGUGGCUUAUAAAUAAAAGAGUUUUCUGAUCCUGUGUCCAUACAGUAAAUACAGCAUAUAUAUUUACUCUCUGAGGCAGUAGCCACAAAAAUUAAGCGUAAUCCAAAAAUGAACAAUUUAAAAAUCACAGAAGUAAAAUAUACCAAGUGUCUGUACUUUAUAUUAUUCUACUCUUCCCUCUUACGGUUUUCCAAACUGAAACCUCCGAGCCGAGGCUGACACACACACGCUGUCGCCACGACCCAAACUCUUAUUUCCCGGAAAUGGCCCGGCGCUAGAGCUCAGUGGUCUCAAUACUCUCUUCAACAACUUCCUGUAACAACUCUGAAGUGUGUCACAUCUCCAUCACACAUGGGACCACUGGCCGAUGAAGGCGAGGAAAGUGGGAUGACCUGGAGUAGAUUUUAAAAUAGGAACGCACUUUCCCUCUGUAAUAAGCAUAAACACGUCUGAAAGCGAUCUCUUUAGUCUAUUCCAUCUAUUUCAAAUGGUGAACUGAAUUGUAUACAUUCACUGGCCAUUUUAAUAGGAACACCUGUAUGCACGCACAUGUGCAGUGUGUGAUUAUUACACUUAUUCUUACAGCAUGAUGACAGUGGCACCUGCAUCUAUGUGAGGCAGUAGCCACAAAAAUCGGUCUGCAUGAGCCUUAACUCCAAAGCCCUUUAUUCACAGAUUGCACUGUAAAUACAUUAUCAACAAAAUA